AUCACUCGGGCGCACACGUGGUCCGUCGUCUGACGCGGCCGAUCGGAAGGCGAGAACGGCGUGUUCCCGGUUCCGGGGUGCUCAGAAAAGGAUGGUUCUCCGGCGUCUGUUGGCUGCUCUGCUGCACAGCCCGCAGUUGGUGGAACGUCUGUCAGAGUCGCGGCCCAUCCGGCGUGCGGCCCAGCUCACUGCUUUCGCACUGCUGCAAGCGCAGCUGCGCGGCCAGGACGCGGCCCGCCGCCUACGGAAAGUCGCUGCCGAGCCCGUGAGCUCCCUUGGCCGCCGCGUUGCGCGAUUCAGAGACACUUUUACCCAGGAGCUACGUCGUGGUCUCCGGGACCGCCCGCGGCCACCACCAGAUAACCAUAGGGGCCCCGGGGCAAACUCGUAAGCUUGGACUGGGAUGGUCCGAGGUCGCCUACUUUCCCAUUUGUGUGGUACACCGACCUUGGCGUUAAGCAGUCCUCCCAGGCCCUGCUCACAGCUUCGAAUCCUGAUUCAGAUUAUCGACCUUCAGACGUCCGGCUCUUAAGAGCUCUGGCCCAAACCGACAUCUUCGUCGAAAUCUCGUGAUUGAGCAGGGUACAAUGUGGAGAAAGCUUUUAAAGACUCACAGGUAGGCUGGACCCAGGUAUAACACAGAGAGCCAUGGACACACAUCCAGAAAGAGCGCCUGUCCUCUGCAAAUGGAACUAGAAUUCUUGGUAGAUGCUGCUGCGGCUGCACCGGUACAGCCAGGUACUAAUUCCAGAGAAGAUCGUGGAUUGAAAGACAACCUUGCAGCUGCCAAAUUCUCUGAUUAAAUGUGUGAGCUGAUUAAAAGGCA